AUGGAGGAAAAUCCCAAGUUGGAUUUGCCAUCUUCUUCUUAUUAUGGCUGUGGAGAUGCUUUUGAAGCGGAGCAGAAAAGUUUGAACCACAUGAAUUCAUUUCAAUACACAAAUGAGAAAAUAGAAAGCUAUGUGAUUGAUAUGGAUCCAUUUUCUCCUGGCAUCAAUAAAGAUAGUGUCAAUACAAAUUCGAGAUUUACGAUGCAGAGGAGUUUAUCCAGAAAAGGAUCCCAACGUGUGGGUGAUAGGAAAAUGAAUAGCCUUACAGCACUUCAAAUUCAUGAAAAUAAGGAUCUCAUAUCUGCUAUGUGCUCACCAUUAGCGUGUGGUACACCGGAAAAGUUAGGAGCAAUGGUAGUGUCAUUGACGGAUCAUUCAAUCAACUCACACAUUCAUCAACAAAGCGGCGCAACCACGGGAGAAACAAAAUCCUUAACUCGCAGAAAUAGUUUCGUAAGAUCUACUUCAUGGUCACUUGAUCCUAAAAGGGUUCUCAUUUUCUUUGCCACCUUGUCAAGCAUGGGAACAAUGUUGCUGAUAUAUUUCACUCUUAUUAGCAAUAAGCAAAAUUCAGAUGAAUUUGUGGGUGAUAUAGGAACUAGUCAAUGA